GGCAUCCUGGCGCUGGGACCAGUACGUUGGUUGGGGGUCAGUGACUUCUUAUGACGACCCUCCAGAGUAUCCGUGCAAUGUGAACGGGUUCGUCGCGAGUCUUGCACCUGGCAUGGGUUAUUACUAUGAUCCCGCCGCGGGGACAGGCGGGUUGUGCAGGAGUAUCCAUGCGGACAACGUUGAGCAUCUCCGACAGGAGUACGGCUCGGAACUCUGGACCGGAGGGCCAAACGAGCGCCGCUCCGACCGCAGCACGGGCACGACGUACCUGCCCGCCGCACAGGAGGGCGCACCAACCCCAGCACCGUCGGCAUGGGUAUCACUUGGUACUGGAAUUUGCUCAGGGCAUGAUCAGGAUUGGACAAGUGCCGACGCUUUGGGGCCUCAUUGGGAUCUCCAUCCCGGACUGGGCUGGCGCAUGUGCGACGGAAGGUCUGACACUCAAUGUCAACAGGUUUGUGAUGCAACAGCAGGGUGCAGUAUGAUCUCGAACGGUGAUUGCUGCUUCUUGUUCAAGGAUGACGCAUGUAAUGCCGAUGUUUCUCAUUCAAAUUACCAGUCUUACCUCAAGGAGCAGAGUGUCGAGCCGGCCACGACUACGACUACGACUGAGGACCUGACAGAUGCGCCGCUAUUUGUCUGCGAUUUCGUGUGCGCGGAGGGGUAUCUAACAUGCGUCUGGCGCCUGUGCUUCUGGCGAGUGUUUUCAUGUGUCGCGUCCACCCCAGCGGGAUAUCUAACAUGUGGCCGUCGGGCUCCCCACACGUGAAAAGU